AUGCCUCGAAAAAGAUCGAGAAGUGCUGUUUCUUCUGAAUCUGGAAGUGAAUCUGAAUCAUGCACCACAGACGAUAAUGAAAAUUGCAUGAUACCCAAUGCAGAAUAUUCUGGUUCUUCAGAUUCUGAAAAUGAUUCAGAUAGUGAUUCAGAUAAUUACCGUGAUGAAAAAAUACCGAAAGCUACUUACAAGAGAGUUUCAAAAAGUUAUCAAGCUGAUCAAGCUAAGCUUGAAAAAGAUUAUAAAUUUGAUUGGGCCAAAGAUAAAGAUCCACAAGAUAAGGCUUGGCGAGUUCGUGCUUUGUUGAAACUGUUUCAAAAGACUAUUCUGAAGUUUGGCUUUUGGAAAUCAGCUUUAUCAGUGGAUGAAAUGAUGGCUAAAUCGUAUGCUAGAACGUGUUUGAAACAGUUUAUACGAGAAAAACCUACACGAUUCGGCCUUAAAUUUUGGGAUUUGUGCGCUGCUAAUGGAUACUUAUUCAAUAUAGAUUUAUACUGUGGAAAAAACUCUGUAAUAGGAGAUAAGUUAUCUAAAUGCGCUUUAGGAUCUCGCGUGGUUUUACAUUUAUUGAAGCCUUUUUUUAAAUUGACUUCUGAUGCAAAAAUUCCUUUUUAUCAUCUUUAUUUCGACAAUUACUUUACAAAUUUAGAUCUUGUUGUGCAUUUAAACCGAUUAAAAUUGAAAUGUACUGGAACUGUUAGAGACAAUCGUGUCCCAGUAAAAAAUGUCAUUCAUAAAAAGGUUCCACGUGGAACAUAUGCAGUAAAGCAUGAAAAAAACUCUGGAAUAAAUUACAUCACGAUUAUGGAUUCAAAGCCAGUAUUAAUACUAUCUACAGCUGCAGGGGUCACUCCAUUAUCAUCAGCAAAGAGAUACAAUUCGAUCGAAAAAGAAAAAGUCGAUAUACCAGUUCCGCAAGCUUUUCACCUUUAUAAUUAG